AUGUCGACGGAAUCGAAGAAUCAGGCAUCGAUUCCGCCGUACAUGAAAGCAUUUUCCGGUUCUCUCGGUGGAGUCGUCGAGGCGUGUUGUCUACAACCAAUCGACGUAAUCAAAACGCGUCUCCAGCUAGAUCGCGUCGGUUCGUACAAAGGAAUCGCUCACUGUGGUUCGACGGUGGUUCGUACGGAAGGAGUUCGUGCUUUAUGGAAAGGUUUAACCCCGUUCGCGACUCAUCUCACGCUCAAGUACACGCUUAGGAUGGGAUCUAACGCUAUGUUCCAAACCGCGUUCAAGGAUUCCGAGACCGGAAAAGUUAGCAAUCGUGGCCGUUUGGCUUCCGGAUUCGGUGCUGGUGUUCUCGAAGCUCUCGCCAUUGUUACACCCUUUGAGGUGGUGAAGAUUAGACUUCAGCAACAGAAAGGAUUGAGUCCCGAGCUCUUCAAGUACAAAGGACCAAUACAUUGUGCGCGUACCAUCGUGAGAGAAGAAAGCAUAUUGGGGUUAUGGUCAGGUGCAGCACCAACGGUUAUGCGUAACGGGACUAACCAAGCAGUAAUGUUCACAGCAAAAAACGCCUUUGAUGUACUCUUAUGGAACAAACACGAAGGUGACGGUAAAAUCUUGCAGCCAUGGCAAUCAAUGAUCUCAGGGUUUUUAGCUGGAACCGCAGGUCCGUUCUGUACUGGACCAUUUGACGUGGUUAAAACAAGGUUGAUGGCUCAAAGCCGAGACAGUGAAGGCGGGCUGAAAUAUAAAGGUAUGGUUCAUGCCAUUAGAACGAUUUACGCGGAGGAAGGAUUAGUAGCUUUAUGGAGAGGAUUAUUGCCGAGGCUAAUGAGGAUUCCGCCUGGACAAGCAAUUAUGUGGGCUGUUGCUGAUCAGGUUACUGGUCUCUAUGAGAAGAGAUAUAUCCAGACUGCUCCUCUAUAG